UUGUUCCUCAUUGUGGUGCUGUUGGGCCUGUUCGCCUGGCGCCGGCGGCAACAGAAAGAGAAAGGCCGUGACCUGGCUCCCCGUGUCUCCUACACACCUGCCAUGAGGAUGACCAGCACGGACUACUCACUCUCAGAUUUGUCUCAAAGUAGCAGCCAUGCCCAGUGCUUUUCCAAUUCCAGCUACCACGCACUGGCGUGCGGGGGGCCUGCCACCAGCCAGGCCAGCACUCUGGACAGGAACAGCCCCACCAAGCUCAGUAACAAGUCCCUUGACAGAGAAACAGCAGGCUGGACCCCAUACAGCUUUGUGAACGUGUUAGACUCCCAUUUCCAGAUCAGUGCCCUGGAGGCCAGGUACCCGCCCGAGGACUUCUACAUUGAACUUAGACACCUCAGCCGCCCCGCUGAGCCACACUCACCAGGUGCUUGUGGAAUGGACAGACGUCAGAACACAUACAUUAUGGACAAAGGCUUCAAAGAUUACAUGAAAGAAUCCGUGUGCAGUUCUAGCACUUGUUCCUUGAAUAGCAGUGAAAACCCUUACGCCACAAUUAAGGACCCGCCCAUCCUCACCUGCAAGCUUCCAGAAAGCAGCUACGUAGAAAUGAAGUCGCCUGUGCACAGAGGGUCUCCGUACACAGAUAUAGCAUCCUUGUCGACAUCUAAUAAAAAUAUAUAUGAAGUUGAGCCCACAAUCAGUGUGGUCCAAGAAGGCCUCGGUCAUAACUCCAGCUAUAUCCAGAAUCCAUACGACCUACCUAGGAACAGCCAUAUUCCUGGUCAUUAUGACCUCCUCCCAGUAAGACAAAGCCCUGCCAAUGGGCCCUCCCAGGACAAGCAGUCUUAA